AUGAAUACCUUAUUUCUCUAUGUUCCAGAGGUGACUCUGCUAAAAUUCAAGAAACCUCACGACUUCACAUACAAAUCAGGACAAUGGGUGCGGAUUGCAUGUUCGGAACUGAACGCGAACGAAUUUCAUCCUUUCACCCUAUCCUCAAGUCCUAAUGAAAACCAUCUUUCAGUUCAUAUUCGAGCAGUGGGCCCCUGGACGACCAAUAUUAGAAAAGUUUUCGAUCCAGCAAUUCCAAGAGUCGGUGGAAAACCUAGUAUUCGAUUAGAUGGACCAUAUGGAGAAGCUCAUCAAGACUGGCACAAAUGUGAUGUGGCGAUAUUAGUAGGAGGAGGCAUUGGUGUCACACCAUUUGCUUCUAUACUCAAAGAUAUUGUUUACAAAUCAAACUUGCAGAAAGAAAACGUGAAAAAAAAGGUAUACUUUUUAUGGGUAACAAGAACCCAAAGACAAUUCGAGUGGUUAGUAGACAUCAUAAGGGAGCUGGAGCAGACUGAUAUCAAUGAAACAGUUGUUGUCCAUAUAUUCAUCACACAGUUCUACAAAAAAUUCGAUCUCAGAACUAUAUUACUGUACAUAUGUGAGACGCAGUUCCAGAAAACAGCUGGACGAUCACUAUUUACUGGACUACGAGCUGUAACACAUUUUGGCCGACCAGAUUUUUACCAGUUUUUCAAACACAUAGGCCAAAUACAUCAAUCGGCAAGGAAUAUUGGUGUAUUCACGUGUGGACCACCACACAUGAGCAACAGUGUGGAGAGUGCAACUAGAAAAAUGACGGAAAGAAGUAACACAGAUCAACUAUUCUCUCAUCACUACACUAACUUUUAAGUCACAUAGUUC